UCAUUUGGUCACAAGGGGCAGCAUCUUGCCUGCAUUAGGAGACAGACUGGGUAAUAGCUCGCUCCUCACACUAUUUAAAAGCUCUAUUGCAGUGGUGAGGAGAACAUCCUGACUACUCAGCUCAACACCAGAAUCACAGAUCACCCAAGGACACCUGGGACUGACUUAAACAAGCUGCCUCCCAGCUGUGAAGAGGAUAAUUGCUUUCUUCAACAGAAGGGCUUCAACCUCCAAACACUCGGCGGAUCUGAAUGCCCUUCCGGACACGUGUCAUUGCCGUCACCCUUCAUGUGGGCACCCAGGGUUUGUCUCCACUGAGAGUCAGUUGAGUGAUGAACUUCAGCAGGGAGGUGGCCCGACAGACCAGUUGUUAUACAUAUGUGAUAGAGGAUGAGGAUUCAGCCCUGGCAAGCCUAAAUAUAUUUGAGUUGGCAGAGAGGGGUGACCUGGCUCUCCUCGAGAACCUGGUGAAGAAGAGCCCAGAGGUCCUGAGUGAAAAAGAUGAAUGUGGAGCUAGUCCCCUUCAUCACGCCGCUGCAGGGGGCUACAUCACGCUUAUCCAAUUCAUCACCACUGUCAUAGACUCACAGGAACUGAACAGCUGUGAUGAGCAGGGCAAUGUGCCCCUACACUGGGCUGUGGAGAGGAACAAGGCAGAGAGCUGCAGGGCUCUUCUGGACCUGGGGGCCAACCCCAACAUCCUCAACAUGGCCCUCCUGUCCCCUCUGCACCUGGCAGUCAACCACGGACACAACAACCUUGUGGAGCUGCUGCUGUCAUACAGUGCUACAGACUGCAAUCUGCAGGGAGACCUUGGGAACACCCCGGUGAUAUUGGCCUGCUCCAUCAAUAACUGUGAGGCUCUCAGCAUAUUGCUAAAGCAUGGGGCGCGGCUUUGCCAACAGAACAAGCUCGGCCAUUUCGCCAUCCACGCAGCUGCCUUCUCAGGUGCAAAGAAAGCCAUGGAAGUGAUCCUGAAGGCCGGAGAGGAGUUUGGCCACCAAGCUGAAACCCACAUCAACUAUUUAGACAAAUCCAAGAGCAGUCCCCUCCAUCUGGCUGUACGUGGCGGGAAUAUCGAGGCCAUCCGUCUCUGCAUUGCUACCGGGGCCAAAGUUGACCAGCAACAGAAUGACAGGUCCACACCGCUUCAUUUGGCCUGCACCCAGGGUGCCACUGAGGUAGUCAAACUGAUGCUGUCCUCCUUUGACCAAGUGGAAGACAUCAUCAACCUAACUGAUGGGGCGUGUCAGACCCCUCUACACAGGGCUACAAUAUUUGACCACAGAGAGCUGGCAGAGUACCUAAUUUCUUUGGGUGCAGACCUUAACAGCAUUGAUUGCAAAGGAAACUCUCCCUUACUUCUGGCUACGAGCUGUGGAGCAUGGAGAACUGUGACACUGCUACUGUCAAAAGGGGCAAAUGUAAAUGUGAAAGACAGAUGUGGUUGUAACUUCCUUCACCUGGCCAUUCUACAGCCCAAGGGUCUGAAAAACCUCCCAGAAGAAGUACUGCAGCAUAACAGUGUGAAGGCAUUGCUAAGCUGUGAGGAUAAUGAGGGCUGCACCCCACUCCACUACGCUUGCAGACUGGGUAUCCAUGACUCAGUGAAGAACAUGCUGGGCCUCUCGGGGGAGGUUGGCCUCGCAUGCAAGUCCAAGGACAAGAAGUCUGCCCUGCACUUUGCUGCUCAGUAUGGGCGCAUCAAUACAUGUCACAGAUUAUUGGAGACCAUCACAGACUCUCGUCUGCUAAAUGAAGGUGAUGAGCGAGGCCUGACACCACUCCAUUUGGCUUCAAGAGAGGGGCACACCAAGGUGGUACAGCUGUUGUUGCGUAAAGGAGCUCUCUUUCACAGUGAUUACAAGGGCUGGACUUCUCUGCACCACGCUGCAUCUGCAGGAUACACACAAACUAUGGAAAUUCUUCUUUCAGCCAAUCCCAAAUUACUGGAUAAAACAGAUGAGGAUGGGAACACUGCACUCCACAUCGCAGCGAGAGAGGGACAUGUGGCUGCAGUCAGGCUCAUGCUGGCUCGGGGAGCCGAGAUCAUCUUAAACAAGAAUGACACGUCGUUCCUCCAUGAAGCUCUGCAAAACGGGAGAAAAGAUGUGGUCAAUGCUAUAAUUGACAGUGACAAAUGUGCUGAGGCUUUGAAAUUGUUCACACCUGGCUCCAGCCGGCGAUGUCCCAUACUAGACAUGAUUGAGUUUCUGCCUGAGACCUACAAGCACCUAUUGGACCGCUGUGUGAGGGAAUCUGAUGAUGACUACAACAGUCCUGACUACCAUAUUGAAUACGAUUUCUCAUGGCUCCAAGCUCCCCUUGCAGCGCAGAGGAUAACUGACAAGACCUUGAGGGUUCAGCCCCUAGCUGCACUCAACGCAAUGGUGCAGUACAACCGCAUUGAACUCCUCAACCACCCUGUCUGUAAAAAGUACCUUGCAAUGAAGUGGAUUGCAUAUGGGAGCACGGCUCAUGUGCUCAACAUGUUUUUGUACCUGUUAGGCCUGCUGCCCCUGACUCACCUGAUAGUGACUCUGAGGCCCACUAUGAACACCACUGCUACGGGCGAGCACAGUAUCAUCAUGGUGCCCAUAUCUUUCAUAGAGCAAAGUCUGUUCUUGUCCUUCUGCAUGGUGAUGGUCUUGGUCAUGAAUGUCUACGCCAUAGCGAAGGAAGUGGUGCAGAUAUCACAACAGCGCUGGAAUUACUUCAAGGAUUAUUCCAACCAGUCUGACUGGUUUUCAGCCAUCCUCUCUCUUCUGUUCGUCAUUCCCAUCAUGCUCAAUGCAGACGGUUCUUUACACUGGCAAGCAGGGGCAAUGGCAGUUUUAAACUCCUGGGUUGGAUUUCUCCUUUAUCUCCAGAGGUUUGAGGGUGUUGGCAUCUAUGUUGUGAUGUUUUGGGAGAUCAUGAGGACACUGGUCCGUAUUGUAAUGCUGUUCAUGUACCUGAUGUUAGCAUUCGGGUUGGCGUUCCACGCUCUGAUGCUCAACCAGAAAGAGUUUGACAGCGUGCCACUCUCAGUGAUGCAAACCUUUGUGAUGAUGGUCGGGGAACUGAACUACCAGAAUAACUUCCUGGAUGCUUAUCUGAAGCAUGAGCUUCCUUUUGGUCUCCUGACUUACUUCAUUUUUGUGAACUUUGUUCUGCUCAUGCCGAUACUGCUGGUGAACCUGAUGAUUGGUCUAGCAGUUGGAGACAUUGCCGAAGUACAAAGAAAUGCUGCCCUAAAAAGAAUAGCCAUGCAGAUUGACCUCCACACCUCUCUGGAAGACAAGCUGCCUUAUUGGUUUGUGAAACGAGUCGAUAAACCCUCCAUCACCAUCUACCCCAAUCGCAAGUGCUCCAAGCACUAUAUAAGGCAAUUAAUCACAGGUGAGGAGACUGAAGUCUGGAGUCGUCUGCAAGCCAAAUCACAGAACUGCACUAUUAUAGAGAAUGAGCUCAAAAAGCAGAAGUACAGGAUGAAGGAGAUGUCAAGCUCGCUGGAGAAGCAGCACAACCUCCUGAAGCUCAUCAUGCAGAAGAUGGAGAUCACCUCAGAGGCCGACGAGUAUGAUGGCCCCGUGAACGUCAGAGGCAGCAUGUGGCCAAGACUGAGUCAGGCCAAACCAAGACAACACACCGUGUCUCGGUGGGUCCCACUGAUGAAGGCCAUCGAGUCCAAAAGAAAAUGAGAAGCAUGAGACAAAUCAAUCAAUCAGUCAAUCAACAAAUCUUAACAUGGCAACAACUAUACAAUUUAAUAAGUGAAUUAUAACUACAUACUGAGUAUAACUUGCAUAAUUAUAUGACUACUGCACAAUGUAAUUCAUUAUAUUACGAUUAUAUGCAUACUGUUGUAACAGUUAAUUUAAUUAAGUGCUCUUAAUUGUGUUGUCCUAACUAUUGUGUGGUUUAAUACUGAAUACUGUUGCAUAUUGAAUUCAAGCCUAGUUCUAGGCUGAAACAGUAACUUCCAGUCCAGUAUGGCACUGUUAUGUUACACCAGUGACCACCUGAUAAUACUGAAUUUUAAAGUCAUUUUGUGGUGUUUGUGCAGUGUUGUCAUACUUCGCAGUACAUGCGCAGUUGCUGUUGCUGUAAUGCUGUAAUGUGCCUUUAUGUGCAACAUGUACUCUUUUAUCUCUCAAAUAUAAUGUCCCAUAGUGUCCUUUUGUCUCACCCCGUCAUUAAACAUGUCUACGAUCUUAAAAGAUAAA